AUGAGACAAGUUGCAGAGAAAAUUGCUCCAUCUCUUGUGGGAUCUCUCGCCUUGGGAGCAGGUCUCUUUCUCUGUGUUGUCACUGCUAAACUCUGCGAAAAAUUCAAUUGUCGUACCGUCAAUCGUGUUGGAUUAAUAUCGUUUGUAAUGGGAUUCGCACUAAGUUCGCUGUGCAACUCCAUCUAUCCCCUCUACAUCACAUACAGCUUGCUUAAUGGUUUUGCAGGGUCGUGUACUCAUACUUCCAAUUUCAUUUUGGUGAGACAGUACUUCAAGAAACGAUAUUCCUUGGCUAUGGGCAUAGUUACAGCAGGGGCAGGAAUCGGAAUGCUAUCGGUUGGUCCUUUGGUGCAGUACUUGACUGACACUCUUGGAUGGAAAAACACUUUCCGAGUCUUCGCAGGAAUCUUUGGAGCAUUCAUUCCUUUAACGAUUGUUUUAGAUCCAAAUGUUGAAAGUUGUGAAGAGGUGCCAAUUGAAACAGUUAUGCAAGAGAAUUCUAUCGAGAAAGAUAUUAAGAUCAAGCCAAGAAARAUUGUAUUGGGAUUUUUGGAUUUAUCAGUGUGGACAUUUCCAGAGUUCACGAUCUCUGUUGUUGCUAUUUUCAUUGGUUCUUGGGGUCACUAUACAACCUUGAUUCACAUGAUCAAAUACUCUGAAGAGGUGGGAAUAAGCCCAACUAAAAGUUCCACCCUUCUAGUAUUCGUUGGCAUAGCAACAAUCGUCUCACGUCUGGUAUCUGGUCGGUUAUGUGACGUCAGCUUCAUUAAACCAAGAUACGUCCACCAAUUAGGAAUCAUCUUAUCAGGAAUUUCAACCAUUCUCUUAACGUUUGCUGUCAACUACACUCAUCUGAUAAUUUUUUCUGUUUUCUUUGGUAUUGCUGAUGGAGCAUUUCGUGUGACGACAAACAUUUUAUUCAUGAACACUGUUGAUAUUCCACGCAAACCCUCAGCCUUUGGUCAAGCAAAUAUGAUAACCUCAUUUUCUAAUGCAGCUGGUCCAGCAAUAGCAGGAAUGAUGGCAGACAAGUCUGGUUCAUAUACUUCAGCAUUCUACAUGGCUGGAUCGGUUUCCAUUGUUGCAGGCGCCAUUUUGUUCCUACAUCUGUGCUUCUUCAAAGAUCUCACCAACAGACCGCGAGAAGUGGCUCUUCUAGUUCGUGAUGAACCAACUUCCAUCGAAGCAGGCGAGACAUCUCUCGACAAGAUGAUGACCACGUGCUGAUAAAAUGGAAUUUGCUGCCAUGAUCCAUUAUUUUUUACAUGUCAAAGACUGUUUAGUUGUGAGUCUCCCGUAUGUCCUUAGCGGUAUAUAGUGUCUUCCAUGACGCUGAGAAUAUCAAGCCAGGUGUACUGGUAACAUUCUUUGGUAUUCCUGUACAGGGAUUUAUUUUCUCCCUUCACAAAAAGAACUUCAACACCAGUUUUUGUUUAUUGUCUUUCUGUUAAAUAAAGUGAUUAAACAAAACAUAA